UCCGUAAACCCUAAAAUGUAUAUUUUUUUAUAGAUAAACCCUAAUAAGUAUCCAUCUAUCUAUAAUUUCUUCUGAUAUGUGCGAAGCGAGUGGAAGCAAUAAUACAUGCGAAUACGCACAUCCAUUGUUGCUUCAACUCCGACUCAUUGGCUGAUUGAUUCAGAAUUACACCUUGCUUCCUUGUUUGGCUGCCGCGAAAAUUUGGGGACGAGUAAGAACUGAGAGGGUGCUUGGAUAGGCUUUAAGCUGUUAAUAAACUCUUUAUUUUUAAUAAUUAUUAUCUGGAUUUGAAAGUUAGCUUCUGAUUUUCGAAACUUUUAAAGUUGAAAUAAAAAAGUGAUUUUGGCCUAUUUAAGAGACUACUUCGCCGUUCCUAUAAUCCCACUCAUGUCCCCAAAUCUCUAGCGCAAAAUCUCUCAUUCGGUGGAAGAAUUCCCUUCUCCUCCCUCUCAGCAUUGGCGUCCCUAUUCCGACUCUGAUCUCCGGCGACGCUGUAGCAGCGGCCAUCAAUCUACAAUCCUUUGCUGCUCCAGAAUACUCAUGUCUGAGAGGGUUGCUGUGUUCAUGAUUCAAAUUGGGAGUUCAACUUGAUUGCUGUUUCGGAUUGCUGUGUUCAUGAUUUUUGUUGUGAUUUGUUGCUGUGAACUGAAUUGAAGGAAAAUUCCUGUUGGCUGAAUAGUGAUGACAAGUCGAACAAGAGGAAAUGAGCGACCACGAGACUUGUCACUGCAUAGGAUCAGCUAGAAAACGUCGCCGCAAACAGUAACCCCUUAUCAUAUCUGUAGAAUAGAGGACAUAGAAGCAGCCCGGAGAUGCAAGGAUGAAGGCACUCUUAAGAAACCAAGGGAUAAUAUUCACUAACUCUUCCAAAUGCUGUUCCAUUCUUGCAUUUGCUGAGAAGUUUUCGUCUUCUUGCAAUGGACCCUCUGAUAAGGAUGGGAGAGCUAUCUCUUUUGUGGAUGGUGGUAAUCAAGAAUGUCUACAAAACUUGGAAUGCAUAAGACAACAAGUGAACGACGUGUGUCAGAUCUUGGAGAGUGGUACUUGGGGGCCUUCUCUAGAAAGUGCUCUAUCUGCAAUUGAUGGAAAACCUCAAACGGAGUUAGUCAUUAGAGUUUUAAAGAGGCUGAAGGAUUUUGACCUAGCAGUGAAGUAUUUUCGAUGGGCUGAGAUGGAAACCAACCAGGCACAUUACCCAGAGGCUUAUAAUUCAUUAUUCAUGAUAAUGACUAGAAGUAAAAGGUUUGAUUGUGUGGACCAGGUAUUGGAAGAAAUGAGCCUUGCUGGAUUUGGCCCAUCUAGUAAUACAUGUAUUCAGUUAGUUGUCAGCUGUGUUAAGUCACAGAAGCUCCAAGAGGCAUUUAAUUUCAUACAGUCAAUGAGAAAGUUCAAAUUUCGCCCUGCAUUUUCAGCUUACACAACCCUAAUUGGUGCUUUAUCUGCAGUUCGCAAACCUGACCUCAUGCUUACUCUCUUUCAUCAGAUGCAGGAGCUAGGCUAUGAAAUAAAUGUGCAUUUGUUUACAACUCUUAUUCGUGCAUUUGCUAAGGAAGGUCGGUUUGAUACUGCCCUUUCUUUGUUAGAUGAAAUGAAGAGCAACUCUUACAAUGCAGACAUUGUUCUCUAUAAUGUCUGUAUAGACUGCUUUGGUAAAGCAGGCAAGGUAGAUAUGGCUUGGAAGUUCUUCCAUGAGAUGAAAGUGCAGGGACUUAUGCCUGAUGAUGUGACAUAUACCAGCUUGAUAGGAGUUCUUUGUAAAGGUAAUAGGCUGAAUGAAGCUGUGGAGCUAUUUGAGCAGAUGGAACUUAACAGGAAAGUGCCUUGUGCAUAUGCAUAUAACACUAUGAUUAUGGGGUAUGGCUCAGCUGGAAAGUUUGAAGAAGCUUACAAUUUGCUUGAAAGGCAAAAGCAAAAGGGAAGCAUUCCUAGUGUGAUUGCAUAUAAUUGUAUCCUCACAUGCCUUGGAAAGAAGGGCAGAGUAGAUGAGGCUUUAAGUACAUUUGAGGAGAUGAAGAAAGACGCCGCCCCCAACCUCUCAACAUAUAAUAUUCUCAUAGACAUGCUUUACAGGGCUGGGAAACUAGAUACUGCCAUGGAGAUUCGGAAUGCCAUGGAAGCAGCUGGCUUAUUUCCAAAUGUGUGGACCUUGAACAUAAUGAUUGAUAGGCUUUGUGAAGCUCAAAAACUUAAUGAAGCUUGCUCUAUAUUCAAAGGAAUGGAUCACAAAGUCUGCACUCCAAAUGCAAGAACUUAUUGCACUCUAAUAGAUGGUUUGGGGAAACAUGGAAAAAUAGCUGAUGCCUAUAGGCUUUAUGAACAUAUGUUGGAUUCUGGUCUGGUUCCGAAUGCCAUAGUCUAUACAUCCCUCAUCAAAAAUUUUUUUAAGGCUGACAAGAAGGAAGAUGGCCACAAAGUCUACAAAGAAAUGGUCCGUAGGGGUGUUUCUCCUGACCUUACCCUACUUCAUACUUACAUGGAUUGUGUUUUCAAAGCUGGUGAAACUGAGAAAGGCAGGGCUUUGUUUGAGGAAAUUAAAGCCCGAGGUUUUACUCCUGAUGCACGGAGUUAUUCUAUACUAAUUCAUGGCCUUAUAAAAGCAGGUUUUGCUCGUGAGACUUAUCAGUUGUUCUAUGCAAUGAAGGAACAGGGGUGUGUUCUGGAUACCCUUGCUUACAACACUGUUAUUGAUGGAUUCUGCAAAUCAGGUCAGGUGAAUAAAGCUUACCAGCUGCUGGAGGAAAUGAAGUUGAAGGGUCAUCCUCCCACUGUGGUCACCUAUGGUUCUGUUAUUGAUGGUCUUGCUAAGAUUGACAGGCUUGAUGAAGCUUAUAUGCUUUUUGAAGAGGCAAAAUCUAAAGGCAUAGAACUAAAUGUGAUUGUGUAUAGUAGUCUUGUUGAUGGAUUUGGGAAAGUAGGUAGAAUUGAUGAAGCAUAUCUGAUCAUGGAAGAGUUAAUGCAAAAGGGACUAACACCAAGUGUAUACACGUGGAAUUGUUUGCUUGAUGCAUUAGUGAAGGCUGAGGAAAUUAGUGAGGCACUUGUCUGCUUUAAUUCUAUGAAAGACUUGAAAUGUGCUCCUAAUGCAAUAACUUACACCAUUCUCAUAAAUGGUCUUUGUAGGGUACGAAAGUUCAACAAGGCCUUUGUGUUUUGGCAGGAGAUGCAGAAGCAAGGGCUAAAACCUAACAUGAUCACAUAUACAACCAUGAUUUCAGGUCUUGCAAAAGCAGGUAAUAUAUUGGAGGCCAGUGCACUCUUUGAAAGGUUCAAGGAAAAUGGGGGUGUACCUGAUGCUGCUUGUUAUAAUACUAUGAUAGAGGGGUUAAGCACUGCAAAUAGGGCAAUGGAAGCAUACUCACUGUUCGAGGAAACUCGAUUAAAAGGGUUUAAUAUUUAUGCCAAAACUUGUGUAUUUCUUUUGGAUGCUUUGCAUAAGGCCGAUUGUCUUGAGCAGGCAGCAAUUGUGGGUACUAUUUUGAAGGAAACAGCAAAGUCUCAACAUGCUGCAAGAUCCUUAUGACAUUGAUCUUCUAAUUUAUUGGUCAUGGAUCACCACAUACUUUUUGAUGAAUUGAUACAUAAAUUAGGCCCGUGUCAACUUGCUGAAGAAGCAAUUUGUGGGAGAAAGAAUUCUUUAUUUUAUCCAUUCUUAUAGAACAGUUGAAAUUGAACACUGUAAAGGCACUUUGUGAUCUGUUUGGUAACAAGCUUCUGGAAAUCAAGAAUACAAGUGGAUACAAAGCUUUGCCCACAA